UUGUGGGGGCGGAAGACAGGCGUCAUUCUCUGGAACCUAGGGACUUCCUCUCUCUGCUUGUCUGGGUCAACUUGUCUGUCCAUCGCUGGCCCAUCUCUCUCUGGCCCUCUCUCACACUCUCAGCAGCUGUCUUUCACAGGCCCACUGCCCUGCCUUUUCUUUCCCGCUAUUGCCUCCUGCUCCGCCUGCCUGGGUGGCCGCCAUGGGCCGGAAGCGGUUCAUCACUGACUCCUACCCUGUUGUGAAGAAGAGGGAGGGGCCCCCUGGGCACAGCAAGAGGGAGCUGGCACCAGAGCUAGGAGAAGACACCCAGUCCCUCAGCCAGGAGGAAGCACAGCUGGAGCUGCUGAGGCAGUUUGACCUGGCCUGGCAGUAUGGGCCUUGCACAGGUAUCACACGGAUGCAGCGCUGGCAUCGGGCAGAGCAGAUGGGCUUGAAGCCCCCUCUAGAGGUGCACCAGGUGCUGAAGACACACUCUGAAGACCCCCGCUUCCAAUUCAGCCUCUGGCAUCUCUACCCACUCUGAGGUUCCACCCGGGUUGUUCUUCCCUUGACACCUCCUAGCCACCAAGAACUUCUGGACAGAAUCCAUGGCCAGUAGAUGCUGCUCUGCUCAUCUCAGCUCUGGAGAAACAGUUAGCAGGCUGACUGUGGAGGUCAUCCUGAUUCAGCCUCUUACCUGUCCAAGCAACAGGCUCCUGAUGCUCCUGAGACCACACCUCCGGGGCCUAAUCAUGACCACCAGAUGCUUGCCAUACCCUCUCUGAUGUAGUAAAUCCAGCACAGCCUGACUCAAAGCCAGAUGUCAGAAGAAUCAAAGAGUUCACUAACGCUUACAAUAAAGUACAUUAAGCCUGAAAUCCUGA